GCGGCAGCGGCGAAACUAACAUGGGACCGCAAAGCUCUCAAAAAUAACGUCAACUCUCUGACCAAUGACGUGGCAGAGAGUCUGUCACGUGACAGCCAGUUCAGUAAAUCAGGACUGACUACAGUAGCUGGAAGUCAUUUCUGGUCGCGCAGAGUCGGUCCUUGGUCCGGUUCUCCAGGAGAGGUUCCUGGUCUGGUUCCGGAUCUGGGUCCUGGUGAGGUCUGUCCGGGUCUUCCUGCGCUGCUCCGCCAUGGCUGUCUUUCCUGGAGGGGGGCAGCUGGACUUUGGGCUUUAACAGGAUCCUCGGGACCCCUGUAAAGGCGGCAGCUCUCCCAGCGUCUAGGAUGAUCUCGAGGAGCAGGAGCGCCAGCAGUGCUGGGGGGUCACCGGGCAGUGCUGCCUCUGAGGCUCGGUCUGUGGGAUCCACCAGGACCUGGGCGGCAGGGGGCGGGGGGAGGAACCCCAAUCCCCAUUACAGCAUGGGGGCUUCGUCCCUCCUGACGGGGGCUCCAGGGCUGGAUCCAGACUACGUCAUGCAGCUGGUCAGUGAUGUGCGGGGCUUUGCUGGAAUACUGGUCAGUCUGAAGGGCGCUUUCCAGCAUGAGGAGAACAUGAAGGAUCUACAGGAGCUUGUUCAGGAACGUUUGGCUGAACUCUUCCGAGCUCUAAAGGCCGUCAUUGGCAAACAUCGGACCCUAAACUCCGUAGACGUUCUCGGAGCAGCCGGCACCGUCAUGGCUAAAGUCAAAGGCGUGAAGUUCUCUGAGGUGACCUUUGAGGACCAAAGCGCCGUGUUCCGGGAGAUCCACGCUGCCAUCGACACGUUGGCCUUCACCUUUGGAAAUGUAGUUUCUGACUUCCUGAUGGGAGAUGUGGACAGGGCCUCAGGGUUGGGGGGCCCCCAGACCAGGAGAAGCAGGUCCUUUGACGACCUCUCUGCUGAUCCUGACCGACACCACAAACGGGAUGGGGGGGGCCCAGACCUGCAGCUCUCGAGAGAGGAGGAAGUGGACCUGACGCUGCUGAGGAACGAGGUCGGGGUGGAGUCGGCCCUUCUCUACGCCAAGGCCUGGUCCAAGCACAUCAAGGACCUCCUGGUGUGGAUGGAGAAGCGGGUGUCCAUGGAUAUCGAAUACGCUAAAAACUACAGCAAAAUUGCAGAGUCAGCAAAGGCGCUGGCCAGCCAGCAGGACUUCAUGCCGUUCAGUGACAUCUACAUCUCCACCUUUAAGAAGGACAUUGAACACAACACGCUGCUCUUACAGACUGCGCUCGCCCUCCAAUCAAAUAAGUUCAUCCAGCCUCUUCUGGCUCGGAAGAAUGAACUGGACAAGCUGAGGAAGGAGUUGAAGGAGCAGUGGCAGCGGGAGCAGAGGAAGAUGCACGAGGCCAAUGCGGCGCUGAGAAAAGCCCAGACUCUGGCAGAGCAGAGGCAGGAGGAGUACAAGAAGGUGCUCUCAUCCAGCAGCCGCUCUCAGGAGGAGCAGGGUAACCCCGGCAACAAGCAGCUGGACAGGAGGAGACGGCUGGAGGAGGAGGCGCUGCAGAAGGCUGAAGAGGCACAGGACCAGUACCAGAGCUGCCGGGCUGACGCCGGUGUCAGGAGGAUGGACCUGGCCAACGCCAAGAGGACGGUUCUUACACAGCUCCGGGAGACAAUCUUCCAGUGUGACCUGACCCUUAAAGCUGUGACGGUGAACUGGCUUCAGAUCCAGCAGGCUCAGACGGUGGUGGCCCCCACUCACUACCAGGCCCUGAACGAGAACGCCAAACUGUACGAACCUGGAGAAUGCUACGCUGAGUUUGUGAGGAACCUCCCCAGGAACCUGCCCAAAGAGCAUCUUCACUCAGUCUCCUGCGAGGGUUCAAGGUUUGGGUUCAACAAACGAUUCCUGAGCAGCAGUCAUUCCUCCCAAGGGAACCUGUCCCAAACGUCCACCACCGUGUGCGAUGAAGGGGAUCUUCUUCAUCCCCAGCCUGUAAAGAUGGGAGGAGAAAGGUCCAGCAGCAGCACUGACUUACCAGAUGUUUCUGCGGCCUCCAGGAACCAGGCCCAACGGAAAGCCUGGGCCUCCGGUAGCCAGGUCAGCCAGGGGGGCGUGUGCAGCGACUCUGAGAGCGCAGGGGGCAGCAGCGAAUCCAGGUCCAUCGACUCUCCCACUGCAAGCCCAGGUGACUUAAGGCGGCGGCUGCCCAGGACGCCGUCCACUGGGACCAUGUCUUCAGCGGAUGAUCUGGACGACAGGGAGCCACUGUCUCCCUUAGACAACGGUCCGGCUGAGCUGGUGACCAGCAGUUCUCCGGGUCCGUUCCGGAACGCUCAGAUGUCCAAAGCGGCUCAGACCCACCGGCUCCGUAAACUCCGGGCCCCCUCCAAGUGCAGGGAAUGUGACGGACUGGUGGUUUUUCACGGGGCCGAGUGUGAAGAGUGCUCGCUGGCGUGCCAUAAGAAGUGUCUGGAAACGCUCGCCAUCCAGUGCGGCCACAGGAAGCUGCCGGGGAAGCUGCAGCUGUUCGGGGUGGACUUUGCGCUGGCGGCUAAGAACUGUCCUGACGGGAUUCCCUUCAUCAUCAGGAAGUGUGCGUCUGAGAUUGAGAGCCGAGCUCUGAACGUCAAGGGCAUUUACCGCGUGAACGGCGCCAAGUCCAGAGUGGAGAAACUCUGUCAGGCGUUUGAAAACGGAAAGGAUUUAGUGGAGUUGUCUGAACACUCACCGCAUGACAUCAGCAAUGUCCUGAAGCUCUACCUGCGACAGUUACCGGAGCCGCUGAUCCUCCACCGGUUCUACAACGACUUCAUCGGAUUGGCCAAGGAGUCCCAGAGAGCAUCCAAGGAGGGGGGCGGCAGAAACCAGAAGGGCCAGCAUGCAGGGAAGGGGCCGGGCCCCCACAUGAAGAAAGUCUUCUCCCGGGUCAGGGAACUGCUGAACCAGCUUCCUGUUUCUAACUUCAGGACGCUGUGUUUCCUGACGGCUCACCUGAACAGGGUGGCAGAACAUGCAGAGGAGAACAAGAUGACCGUCAGUAACCUGGGCAUCAUCUUUGGGCCCACGCUGGUGAAGCCCCAGCAGACGGACGCCGAGGUGUCCCUGUCGUCCCUGGUGGACUACCCCUACCAGGUCCUGAUGGUGGAGCUGCUGGUGCGACAUUUCCACCUCGUCUUUGACAAUCCGCCUCUGCAGGGGUCUGAAACGGCUCGGAACUCCCCCAGGCUGACCCCCCAGCAGAAGGUCCGGCAGCUCAGCAAGCACUCCACCUCGCUGACAGACAUAAAGGAGAACCCCAAAGUCUUUAAGAGGUUCUCCUCCGUCAUCCCCUCCACACACAUUCUGGACGAGGUUCAGGAAGUGGAGCCUGGAAAAGACCAAACGGAGGUUUCGGGCCAGUCCAACGAAGGGCCCACUUCUCCUGGGGGGGACGUGCAAAGGUCAGCUUUGAUGUUCCAAGGCCCCCCCUCCACCGCUGUGCAGCAAAAGAUUCAGCUUCGGCCGCAGCGCGGCUGGCAGGCGUCUCGACCAAUCAGCAUGCCCUUGGCGAGGAACCACAGAAACGUCACGGGGGAGGGCUGCGAGCGGGACGCCCCCCCCGUGAGCAUCCAGGAGGAGCCCGAGCCGGAGCGGGUCCGGCCGUGCACCUCCUCCAGGGUGAGCAGCUACUACAUAUCGCCGUUCAUCGACACGCAGACCAUGCCCCGCAAGACGUGGGACAGGAAGUACAAGCACUAUGACGUCACGCCACGCACCGCCAUGAUCAUCGCCAACCUGCCCCCGCCCCACUCCGGAACCCAGCCCAUUACGACAGCGCUGUCCGCCGGCAGGGGUGGGGCUGCUGCCUCUGAGACCCCCCCCAGCCCGGUGGUCCCGUUUUCUGUUGCAAAGAGGGACUCUCCCAGUCCGAUGCUGACUCUCAGGGCGCCCAGGACUCUGCAGCCCCCCCCAGGGACGUUUUACAAGCCCCUACCUUCCAGUACUCUUUUAAAUGGGGGUGCCCCUGUAGCCCCACCCACGUCACCCCCCCACCCCGAACCCUCUCUACCAUUGACCUCAGCAACUGCCCCAGUGAGCCCCAAGCAGGCCCCCCUCCCCACGCAUGUCUCCUCUGACGGCGCCUCCCCCCCUCCUCCAGCCCCCAGCAGCCCCAGUGAUUGUAAGCCCGUCCAGCAAAGACUCCGCCCCCGGCGCCUGCAGGAACUUGAACACAGAGAAUCUCAUUUUGUUUGACAGAAGCUUUACGGCGACGUUUGAGAAAGUUUAGUUCUUCUCGGUCCAGAGGAUGAUCCUGCAGCAGGAGGAGGAGGAGCCAGGAGGAGGAGGAGGAGGAGUCAGGAGGAGGAGGAGGAG